CCACAGUUACGUUCCAUCAGUUUAACCACAAAGAGGGAUUAUUUCAAGCACAGGUCAGCCCUGACCACAGGAACAAACUUCCAGCAAAGAUGAAGACGAGAAGCGCUCUGAACCUGCUGUCUCUGGUGUGUCUGUGUGCUGCACAGAAGAAAUGGAAACAGGACAUGUCUGAGUUGGACCACAGAGAAAAACCAACUGGCAAGAGCUGUUCAAAUCUGACACAAGUACUGGACAACUGGAAAUAUGCUAUCAUGUACCAGGUGAAGGAUAUGCUGGUCAACGAUCAUGCAUCCGUCUUACCUGAAUAUGUCAGGAUCCAGUCCCUUUCAGAUGCAGUGGGAGAUCUCUAUAAGCAGUUUGACACUCUUAAGGAAAACCUGGGGAAGUUAACCAAUAAGUUUGACAAAGUGGAAAGCUUUGUGGACGACCUCCAAUCCGGAAAACUCCCCAAGCCAAAACUGUGGACGCCCCCGAGACUGCCCGCCAACAGAGUCCCACAUCAGCUACCACUGAAAAGCACUGCUAAAGUCACAAGCAAAGCACUUUUGGGACAGAGAUUGAGAGCAAGAAGAGGUCCUGGUUCUUAGCAGAGUCCAUUUUGGUCCACUUUAUAUUAGGUGUCUUUGACUACCAUGCACUAACAUUAAAAUACAGACAAUACAAUGUACUUAUUGUGUAACUAUCAUUGUUCUGCAAAAUUUCUCAAAAUAUUCACAUUUGCUGCUACUGAGGUUGAGGUACAGGUAGGUUUAGGAGUAGGGGUAGGGUUGGGAGUAGUGGUUAGGGUUGGGAGUAGUGGUUAGGGUUAGGUUUGUGAG